AUGGGCUCCGAGGUAGCGCAGCUGCUGGAGGCUGCAGACUUCGCAGCUCGCAAGCACCGGCAACAGCGGCGGAAGGACCCCGAAGGGACGCCCUACAUCAACCACCCCAUCGGUGUGGCUAGGAUCUUGACCCAUGAAGCUGGAAUCACUGACAUUGUGGUGUUACAGGCAGCCCUGCUUCAUGACACGGUGGAGGACACAGACACCACCCUGGAUGAGGUGGAGCUGCACUUUGGGGCACAGGUCCGGCACCUGGUGGAGGAGGUGACAGAUGACAAGACCCUGCCCAAGCUGGAGAGAAAGCGGCUGCAGGUGGAACAAGCGACCCACAGCAGCCCAGGGGCCAAACUGGUGAAGCUGGCAGACAAGCUGUACAAUUUGAGGGACCUGAAUCGCUGCACCCCAGAGGGAUGGUCAGAACAUCGAGUUCAAGAAUACUUUGAGUGGGCAGCACAGGUGGUGAGAGGGCUUCAGGGAACAAACCAGCAACUAGAAGAGGCUCUAAAGCAGCUGUUCAAGGAGCGGGGACUGACACUCUGA